CUCAAAGAUCCCACUUCACACAAGCCCAAAAAGAAAGACGGUACAUCUCUGGAAAACGUAGUUCGCCAUAAGGAAAGCUGCUUCGACGUUAGGUCCGGUCGGAAUACCACCCAGGCGUGCAGUGGGAGAAGCGGGGGGUGAAGUUGACAGGCUGAGAGGCAGCCAGGCCAGGGGACGAUGCAGGCACGUAGAGACAGAGGAAGGGGGAGGAGGCAGGGAGGUGACUGCUCUUACACGAUGGUCAGAACGAUUGGCUCAUGGCUCUUUGGGGGGAGAAGGAUGAUGGGAACUCUUGUCUUUGUAAAAAAGAUUCAAGAGGGGGGCAUGAAGAUUCCACCAACAGAGUUGAUCGGGACACGAACCAGAGCCAAGGUGAAAAGAAAGUCGGGACGAAAGCGCCGCUCGACUUUGACGAAUGCCGGCGAGAAAGUGGGUAAGGCAAACCCGACGAUGCUGGACCGGCUUUUUGGAUCUUUUGGGCUGAGAAGGAACGAGCAACGGCGAGAGUCGAUCGGGCGGGUUUCGCUUGUCUGCUCCUCCUUCGUGGGCCGCCGCCCGCGCUUAGCCCCGAACCGCGCGCCUAGCCCAGGCUGCCCCGUCCACAGCCGCGGGGGAAAGAAGAGCUUGGGUUUGGCAUCUCAAAGAACUAUCUACGAUCUAGCAGCAAGUCCCAGUGUGUGAGGAUCCUGCUCUCGUGCUCGUGCUCUCGCUCCCGCUCCCACUCUUUCUCUCCAGAACGGGGAGCUAUCGUCUUCAGCGCGAUGAACCGUUAUCGAAAUGCUCCCGGGCUUAGAGGCCCUACCAAGGCAACCCCCAGCACCUUGUGUCAAAAAUGCUUGAAACGAGGGCACUACAGUUAUGAAUGUACCGUGACCGCCCAGG